UCAUUCGUCAUUUUACUAACAAGAGGGGAAAAAUAGGAAAAAAGGAAAUCUGCAAAAAAGAAAAAACAAAAAUUUCUUUUAAACCCCCAGAGGGAAAAAGAAUUUGCAAAAUUGCGUGAAAACUGAGAGAGGACGAGAUCAGUUGUGAGAGGGCAGAGGGUUGGAUCAUCAAAUUUUUUUCAAAAUUUUAAUUUUCGUUUCCGUCAAAUUCGUGUUCUCACUUAACUCAUCAAGAUCUACCUUUCAAUUAGACCGAAAAUUCCGGAUUUCUAGAGAGAGAAACAAAAACAAAUUUCAACUAUUUCUUUUUUGUUUUUAGUUAAUUUUUUUUAUUGUUAAUUUUCUUUUGAACGUUGGGAUCGGAGGGAAAAAGGGGUUUUAUUAAAAUUAAUAAAGUUUUUUUUUGGAGGGAUUUGAGUUGUGCUAUUGGUGGGGGGUUUUUUUUUUUUGAAUUUUUGUGGUAAUAAUUUGGUUUUUGCGGGGAACUACAGUUAAAAAAUUUGGAGUUAGAUUUUAUGCAAUCUGGUGGUGGUGGCGGAGGUGGGCCCAGCCGGAACCCUGGGGCGGGUCCGGUAGGGCGGACCGCGUCCACAUCGUCUGCAGCUUCGCCCUCUUCCUCGUCAUCGGCCGUUUCAGCCCCUCACUUCGGAUAUGAUUCGGUGCAGCAGCAACAGCAACAACAACAGCAGCAGCAGCAAAUAGCGUCUAGGCAGUCAUUACAACAACAACUAUUUAGAAAACCUGAAGGAAAUGAAGCCAUCCUAGCAUAUCAAGCCCGUGGUCUUCAAGGUAUGAUGGGUGGAGACAAUUUUCCUUCAUCUCCAGGCUCCAUGCAACCGUCUCAACAGUCCAGGAAAUUUUUUGAUCUGGCUCAACCGCAUGCUUCUGCUCAGGACAGCCAGCAAAGGAGUCAAGGUGUUGAUCAACAAAUGUUGAACCCUGUUCAGCAAGCAUAUUAUCAGUAUGCUUUCCAGGCUGCUCAGCAUCAAAAGACACUUUUAGCACAGCAGCAGGCUAAGAUGGCAAUGUUGGGCUCUGCAUCUCUUAAGGAUCAGGACACGCGAAUUGGAAACUUGAAAAUGCAGGAACUUAUUUCCAUGCAAGUAGCUAAGCAGGCUCAGGCAUCAUCCUCUAAGAACACAUCCGAGCAGCUUGAUUGUGUUGAAAAGCAGAUAGAGCAAGGACCAGAGUCAGCUUCUGAGCAAAGAAAUGAACUCAAGGCACCUGCCCAGGUGACAGUUGGUGGAAAAUCAAUGCCUGGAAAUGUUUUGAGGACAAUGCAGGCACAAGCUCAGCAAACCGUUCAAAACUCAGGAAACAAUCAACUCGUUAUGGCUGCACAGUUGCAGGCAUGGGCACGUGAGCGUAAUAUUGAUCUGUCACAGCCUGCAAAUGCCAACUUGAUGGCACAGCUCAUUCCACUCAUGCAGUCAAGGAUGGCUGCCCAGAAGAAGACAAACGAAAGCAAUAUGGCACCUGUGCCUGUGUCCAAGCCGCAAGUCUCUUCUCCAUCAGUUCUAAGUGAGAGUUCUCCCUGUGGUAAUUCAUCUAAUGAUAUAUCUGCCCAGUCUGGUCCUGCAAAAUCCAGGCCGACAGUUAUACCUAGCCCUUUUGGCUCAACUUCCAGUGCUGGGGCAGUUGAUGAUGCUAAGAACAUAGCAAUGCAGCAGCUAGCUAUUAAUGGCCGUGAUAACCAAGUGCCUCCCAGACAGACAGUAGUGCACGGGAAUGGGAUGCCUCCUAUGCAUCCUCCACAAUCAUCUGCAAAUAUUAACCAGAGCUUUGAUCCAUCUUUUCCAGCAAAAACUUCAUUAGGUGGCACAGAAACACUGCAAAUGCAGAAUAUCAAACAGUUAAGUCGACCUUCUCAACAGCCUGCUGCUCCUAAUAAUAAUGGGGGCUCAGUUAACAACACACCAUCACAAGGGGGAGCAGCUAGCAAGAUGGCACAGCAAUGUUUUGGUUUCACUAAACAACAACUUCAUGUUCUCAAAGCACAAAUACUAGCAUUUAGGCGCCUGAAGAAAGGAGAAGGUACACUUCCACAAGAACUUCUUCAAGCCAUUAUACCCCCAGCACUUGAGCAGCAGCAGCUGCAGUUUCCUCCACUAGGUGGAAAUAAUCAGGACAGAAAUGGUGGAAAGAGUAUAGAAGAUAAAGGGAAGCAUUUGGAAUCUAAUGAAAAGGUUUUGCAGGCUGGGCCAUCUACUGAUGGACAGAAUGUUAUUAAAGAGGAAGCUUAUGCAGGAGAUGAAAAAGCAACUGCAUCAACAGCUGAUAUGCAAGGUGUGUCAGCCACUGCCAAGGAUUUUUCAUCCGCAUUACCUGCCGCAAAAGAAGAGCAGAAAAGUUCUGUCUUUCCUGCCAAGUCUGACCAAGAAGUGGAACCUGGUCUUCCAAAAAUUCCAGUUAGAAAUGAUUCUAGUGUGGAGAGAGGAAAGUCUGUCGCACCACAAGUUGCUGCAUCUGAUGGAGGGCAAAUUAAGAAACCUGUGGAAGCAAACUCAGCGCCCCAGAAAGAUCUUGGCCCUGCCAGAAAGUAUCAUGGACCACUAUUUGAUUUUCCCUUCUUCACUAGGAAGCAUGACUCGUACGGCUCAGCAAUGCCUAACAGUAAUAAUAAUCUAACACUGGCAUAUGAUGUCAAAGAUCUUCUCUUUGAGGAAGGGAUGGAAGUCCUUAGCAAGAAACGAUCAGAAAAUUUAAGGAAGAUUGGUGGCUUACUAGCAGUAAAUUUGGAAAGGAAAAGGAUUAGGCCAGAUCUUGUUCUGCGACUGCAGAUUGAAGAAAGAAAGCUUCGACUUGUAGAUCUGCAGGCACGUUUAAGAGAUGAAGUUGAUCAGCAGCAACAAGAGAUAAUGGCGAUGCCUGACAGACCAUACAGAAAAUUUGUCCGCCUGUGUGAACGUCAGCGUAUGGAGUUGGCCAGACAAGUACAAGCCACUCAGAAGGCCCUGAGAGAGAAACAAUUGAAAUCCAUCUUUCAGUGGCGUAAGAAGCUCUUGGAGGCUCACUGGGCCAUCCGUGAUGCAAGAACUGCUCGCAAUAGGGGAGUUGCCAAGUACCAUGAAAGAAUGUUACGGGAGUUUUCAAAGAGAAAAGAUGAUGACAGGAAUAAGAGGAUGGAGGCCUUGAAGAAUAAUGAUGUUGAAAGGUAUAGAGAGAUGUUGAUUGAGCAGCAGACAAACAUCCCUGGUGAUGCUGCAGAGAGAUAUGAAGUUCUUUCAUCAUUCCUGACGCAGACUGAAGAGUAUCUUCAUAAACUGGGAAGUAAGAUAACUGCAGCCAAGAAUCAGCAAGAAGUGGAGGAGGCCGCAAAUGCUGCUGCUGUUGCUGCACGGUUGCAGGGUUUAUCAGAAGAAGAAGUUAGGGUUGCAGCAGCUUGUGCUGGAGAGGAAGUAAUGAUAAGAAAUCGGUUUAUGGAAAUGAAUGCACCCAGGGAUGGUUCAUCUGUUAGCAAGUACUAUAAUCUUGCUCAUGCUGUGAAUGAAAGAGUCGUAAGGCAACCAUCAAUGCUACGAGCUGGAACAUUACGAGACUAUCAGCUUGUUGGUUUGCAAUGGAUGCUUUCUUUGUAUAAUAAUAAACUAAAUGGUAUCUUAGCUGAUGAGAUGGGCCUUGGAAAGACUGUUCAGGUUAUGUCAUUGAUUGCUUAUUUAAUGGAAUUCAAAGGAAACUAUGGUCCACAUCUUAUAAUUGUUCCAAAUGCUGUUCUGGUAAAUUGGAAGAGUGAGCUGCAUAAUUGGCUGCCGUCUGUGUCAUGUAUAUAUUAUGUUGGAGGAAAAGACCAGCGUUCAAAAUUAUUUUCUCAAGAGGUUCUGGCAAUGAAAUUUAAUGUCCUCGUGACAACUUAUGAAUUCAUCAUGUAUGAUCGAUCAAAACUUUCUAAAAUCGAUUGGAAGUACAUUAUAAUUGAUGAAGCACAGCGAAUGAAAGAUAGGGAAUCUGUUUUAGCUCGUGAUCUUGAUAGAUACCGCUGCCAGAGGCGGUUACUUCUUACUGGGACACCCUUACAGAAUGACUUGAAAGAACUCUGGUCACUGUUAAAUCUUCUCCUUCCUGAAGUGUUUGAUAAUCGCAAGGCAUUUCAUGAUUGGUUUUCACAACCAUUUCAAAAGGAAGGCCCUACGCAUAAUGCAGAGGAUGAUUGGCUUGAGACGGAGAAGAAGGUUAUCAUCAUCCACCGACUUCAUCAAAUCCUAGAGCCUUUUAUGCUUAGACGUCGUGUUGAAGAUGUGGAAGGUUCCCUCCCUCCAAAGGUCUCAAUAGUUUUAAAAUGCAGAAUGUCAGCUAUUCAGAGUGCCAUUUAUGAUUGGAUAAAGUCAACUGGAACACUUCGAGCUGAUCCUGAAGAUGAGAAGAUCAGGGUUUCAAAAAAUCCACUAUACCAGGCUAGGGUGUACAAAACUUUAAAUAACCGGUGUAUGGAGCUUCGGAAGACUUGCAAUCAUCCUUUGCUUAAUUACCCCUAUUUCAAUGACUUAUCCAAAAAUUUCCUUGUGAGGUCUUGUGGAAAAUUGUGGAUUCUAGACAGGAUCCUAAUAAAACUGCAAAGAACUGGGCAUCGUGUAUUACUCUUUAGUACGAUGACAAAGCUUCUGGAUAUCUUGGAGGAAUACUUGCAGUGGAGGAGGCUUGUCUACAGACGUAUUGAUGGAACAACUAGCUUGGAAGAUCGUGAAUCAGCUAUUGUUGACUUCAAUAGCCCUGACUCUGAAUGCUUCAUAUUCUUACUAAGUAUUCGUGCAGCUGGACGUGGUCUAAAUCUUCAAUCUGCUGACACUGUUGUUAUAUAUGAUCCUGAUCCAAAUCCUAAAAAUGAGGAACAGGCAGUCGCUAGAGCCCACCGAAUUGGACAAACAAGGGAAGUCAAAGUCAUUUACAUGGAAGCAGUUGUUGACAAAAUCUCUAGUCAGCAGAAGGAGGAUGAACUAAGGAAUGGAGGUACAGUUGAUUUUGAGGAUGAUUUUGCAGGUAAGGAUAGAUAUAUGGGAUCUAUUGAGAGCCUCAUAAGGAAUAACAUUCAGCAGUAUAAAAUUGACAUGGCUGAUGAAGUAAUCAAUGCUGGACGUUUUGACCAGAGAACGACCCAUGAAGAGAGACGUAUGACUUUAGAAACAUUAUUGCAUGAUGAGGAGAGGUAUCAAGAAACUGUCCAUGAUGUUCCUUCUUUGCACCAGGUAAAUCGCAUGAUAGCAAGAAGUGAAGAAGAAGUUGAGUUGUUUGAUCAAAUGGAUGAAGAACUGGAUUGGACAGAUGAGAUGACUUGCCAUGAAGAGGUACCUAAGUGGCUUCGAGCCAGUACAAAAGAAGUGAAUGCGACUGUGGCUACUUUAUCAAAAAAGCCGUCCAAGAACAUUUUAUUUACUGCUGGUGUUGUUGGUGUCUCAAAUGAAAUGGAGUCAGAGAGAAAAAGGGGGCGACCCAAGGGGAAAAAGCAUCCAAACUAUAAGGAAAUAGAUGAUGACAAUGGGGAAUACUCUGAAGCAAGUUCUGAUGAGAGAAAUGGUUAUUCUGUACAUGAUGAAGAUGGAGAAACUGGAGAAUUUGAAGAUGAAGAAUUUAGUGGUGCUGUUGGUGCACCCCCUCUAAAUAAGGACCAGUCUGAAGAAGAUGGCCCACUAGGUGAUAAUGGAAAUGAGUAUGCCCAGGCUUCAGAACACAUUAGAAACAAUCGCAUACUUGAAGAAGGUGGUUCUUCAGGAUCAUCAUUGGACAGUCGAAGGCCAACGCAGAUGGUGUCUCCUGUUUCUCCUCAGAAAUUUGGAUCUCUCUCCGCGUUAGAUGCUAGGCCAGGUUCUGUUGCAAAAAAACUGCAUGAUGAACUUGAGGAAGGUGAAAUUGCUUUAUCUGGAGAUUCUCACAUGGACCACCAGCUAUCUGAAAGUUGGAUUCAUGAUCGUGAAGAAGGUGAAGAUGAACAAGUUGUCCAACCCAAGAUAAAACGAAAGCGUAGUAUUCGGCUUCGACCUCGUCAUACUGUGGAAAGGGCAGAGGAGAAAUCUGUCAUUGAAGUACCUUAUCUCCUACGUGGAGAAUCAUCUUUGUUGCCUUCACAGCUGGACCAAAAGUACCAAUCACAACUAAGGAUUGAUACUGAGACAAAACCAACUCUUGAGCGGAAUGCUUUCAGGCUUGAUCCAAAUGAUUCAUCUUCUAAAACGAGGAGGAACUUGCCUCCAAGAAAAAUAGCUAAUACAACUAAGUUUCAUGCAUCACUGAAGUCUGGUAGAGUGAACAUGGCCUCUCCUGCAGAAAAUGCUUGUGAACCCACCAGAGAAAGUUGGGACGGAAAACUGGUUAAUACAAGUGGAUCGUCAAAUUUUGGUGUGAAGAUGUCUGAUGGCAUCCAAAGAAAGUGCAAAAAUGUGAUUAGCAAGCUUCGGAGGAGAAUAGAUAAGGAGGGCCAACAGAUUAUACCACUUUUAACAGAUUUGUGGAAGAGGAUUGAAAAUUCAGGCUACAUGGGUGGAAGUGGAAGUAAUCAUUUGGAUUUGUGGAAGAUUGAUCAGCGUGUUGACAGAUUAGAGUACAGCGGAGUUACAGAGCUUGUUUUUGAUGUGCAGUUAGUAUUAAAAAGUGCAAUGCAAUUUUAUGGGUUUUCACAUGAGGUCAGAUCUGAAGCCAGGAAAGUACACGAUCUGUUUUUUGACUUGUUGAAGAUUGUAUUUCCAGAUAAUGAUUUCCGAGAAGCUAGAAAUGCUCUCUCUUUCUCUAGCCCAGUAUCUACCUCGACCUCUGGUCCUUCUGCAAGACAGGUAGCAGUUAGCAAGAGGCAGAAGCCAAUAAACGAGGUGGAAUCUGAUCCAGACCUAACUCAAAAGACAUUGCAACGUGGAUUCCCUCAUGCUGGUGAGGAAACAAGGGUUAGAGUGCACAUGCCCCAAAAGGAAUCGAGACUUGGGAAAGGAAGUGGUAUUACCAAGGAACAUCAACAGGAUGAUUCUCCUCUAACUCAUCCAGGGGAGCUGGUUAUUUGCAAGAAAAAGAGGAAAGAAAGGGAAAAGUCUAUAGCAAAGCCUAGGAGUGGAUCAGUUGGCCCUGUUUCUCCCCCGAGUAUAGGUCGCAACAUGAGGAGUCAGGGUCCAGGAUCAGUCUCCAAGGAUGCAAGACUGACCCAACAGAGUAGCCAUCAGCAAGGUUUGCCCAACCGGCCUGGUCAUCCAUCAAAAGGUUGUGGUGGGAGUGUUGGUUGGGCCAAUCCUGUGAAGAAGUUGAGAACAGACGCAGGUAAAAGGAGACCAAGCCUUCUAUGACAUUCUAGAGUAUCUUAGGUAAUGAAAAAAUAUUUUGUUGCCAUUGACUGCAAGCACUGAGUUGUAUUUUAUGGCUCAUCAUGGCCUGUACAAUUGCAAUUAGAUCAUAUCAUUAAAACCAUUAAAGUAGUGUAGGUUCAUUGAGCCCUCGUUGUAUAUCGGUCUUUUUCUUAGGUUCAAUCAAUGCAAUAGUUUUCAUAUCUGCACCUUGCAGGUAUUAUUGUCUA